GCCUCCCGCCACUACUGUCUCCUUGUUAUUGUUAUUGUCGUGAAUAAAUUUUGUGAAGUAUGUAAAAUUGUUCAGUUAAUUCAACCUUUUGAGUCAUCACAACACAACGAAGUUGACAUUUAAUCAGAAUGAAAGAGCCAGCGGUGAUAAAUCUUGCUAGUGAUGAGUCGGAAGAGGAAGACAAACAGCCAGACCUGUGCAUUUUGUGUGAGUCGAUUGCUGACAAAAACGCCGUGGCCGUCGCAGACUUGGACACAACGAAACUUAAAAAUUGGUGGCUCGAAAGUUUCAACGUCGAAAUGGAAAAGUCUGUGAUCAACCUCACCAAGGCCAAAAUUAUUUGCAGAUUUUGCAUUGAGGACGCAAUAGUAACUUUUGAAAGAGAAAAUAGUUCAGUUGACAAGGGUAAAGAGAUUGAUUGGUGGACAUCCUGCGGCUCAAAGAUCCCCAACCAUGUGAUUGAGCCCAAAGGACAUUUUCCUAUGGAGGUAAAGGGCAAGACGAUCCAGCAAGAGAAAAAAUUCACCUCAAUUAACGAAGAAAAUUCACCUGAACAGAAAAAGCGACGAACAGAUGGUUCGGAGAUCGAAAAGAAACCUCCAGUCCCUCCAGUUAUGAACGAGCAACAAGCGGACAACUCUUGCAAAUAUUGCGAAUUGAAAUUUAGCAGCCUGAGAAAACAUUUGCUUAGUAAUCAUACUAACGAGCAAAACUAUGUCUGUCCAUAUCCUGAGUGCAAGAUUUUAAGGACGAAAGGAGUAUUGUUAAGGCACAUUGCAUACGACCACAAACUAAAUCGUAAUUUUGAUUUGACUUAUCUGGAACAAAAGCCGUAUCCUUGCAAAAUGUGCAACCACUUAUUUAAAAGUGAAAACAGACUUAAUCAACACAUUGAAUUUUUUCACCUAAAGAAAACCCUAGACCCAAGAUUAUAUGUGCCAAAAAAAUCUUUGCGGAGCAUUGAAAUGUUAGAACUUUCACAAAAAUGGAAUGCCAAGGUGGAGAAAAUACCAUGUAUUAUUUGUAAUGAGUUCAUCGUUCCUAGCAUGAUCAAACAACACUGUAAAAUUGAGCAUGAGAUUUUACAUAUUUGCCGACAUCCAAAUUGUUUCGACAUUUUUGCAGAUCAACAACUCGAGUCCAAACAUUAUGACUCUGAACACCCUGAAAUGUCAAAAUCAGAAUUGCUACACCCGAAAAAUGAAAGUUCUGUGACAAAACAAUUAUCUGGCAUCACUGAAAACCCAUACGCUUGCAUGUAUUGCAAAUUGCAGUUCCGAUCAGAAUUUGCACUGGAAUGUCAUAAUGAGCAAAAAGUGUGUAUUCAGAAAAAAGCCAAAGAAUCGUCAAAUUUUAAAUUCUUUUGUGAUGCUUGUCAAGUUUUUGUACCCCCUGCUAUUGUGGAUACCCAUAUAAAGACUUUCCAUGGCAAGUCACAUAGAUUACCAAAAUGGAAAUUUGCUUGUAACAUUUGCAAAUGUAUCAUGAAACCAGCUGACAUAGGAAACCACAUGAAGGCACACGAAGGAGGUGAAAACUCCCUUGCUGGACCAAAAGCACACGAAUCACCAGUGCUAAAGCCACCCGAAUUCGUCUCAUUGCCCCCACCAUUAUCUUUGGGGAGUGAAAUUGAGAGUGGCGAAAUUGAUCCUUUGAGUAUAUGAGUAACCAAUGAAGAAGUUGUUGAUAAUAACAAUUGGUUCCACAGAUUUCAUUGUGACCCCUUGUUUGAGACAAUUAAUAAAAACCCAAUAGUUCAAAAAUAUACUUUUUUAUAACUUUUACACUUUUUAAACUAGACAAUGAUAAUGUUCACUCAAAAACCGUUGUAAUAAUAAAAAGUAUUUUCUCCAUAA